AUGAGAGAAGAACUACAGAUUGAGCUUCUCAGAGUCACUGUCUCUGAAACCAAGCUCUCUCUGAGUUCCUCUCUGAAUGAUCACAUGAGGUCAUAUAUCACUGUAUUGACUGAGAGGAGGGGCAGCGUCACAACGGUGGUGAGAAGAGCAGGGAACAGACUGGAUGCAGAUGCACCAGUUAGCAGAAGAGAUGACAUCUCACUGCAGAGCAUGGCAACUUUCACUGCAGUCAUAAGAGAAGCAGAAGAAGAUGUGAUGAUGAGAGUGAUGCUUCUGCAGCUCAUUGACACUGUCACCUUCAAUCUGGCUUUCUUGACAGUCACAGAGGCUGCUGCCACAUCAUGA